CCUUUUUGUUCUGUGUGUUGGUUUUUCUUUUUUUAAAUCGGUUCCUCUCUUUCGCGCGAACCUCGGGAGUUCAUCGAGGAAGGCUAUCCGUUUCGCGGACGACGAUACGAUCAUCGUUCGGAUAUAUAUCAGCGCGCGCGAGUGUGAUCAACGUUCAAUCCGCAGAAGAGUUCUUCUUUCUUCUUCUCUCUUUUCUUUUUUCUUUUACCUUUUUUUCUUUUUUUUUUUUUUAUUUUUAUUUUUAGUGACUGUGUAAAGAUUGCGGUAUAAAACGUGGAGAAGGACCUAGAAGGGAGGGUAAAUAAAAUAAAAUAAAAUAAAAUAAAAUAAAAUAAAAUAAAAUAAUAUUUACAAAAGGAACGGUGUCGUCGAUCAAACAAAAUUUCGUAUUUUUCGUGAAGAAGAAGAGAUAGACGACGAACAAAGUCAGCCGGAGAAAAAGAAAAGAGACAGACAAAGAUAUAUAAGAAAAAGAAGACAUCAUGGACAUAUCAGAAGAUUGUUGGGAGCACGUGGGUCUCCUUCAGGAAGUCUCCCCCUCGGAGCCAGCUCCACCACCGCUUCAACCUGACUUCCUCAUUCAGCAACAGGAGCUGCUAGUGAGCGGCGGGCAGCCGACGACGGCGACUUCGCCAGCAAUGUCGUCAGGUGGGGCCUUAAGUCCCGGUGCCCUUUCACCCUCGUCGACGGCGACAACGACGACGGGGGCUGGGGGAGGAACUGGUACUUCCGGUGGCGCCACAACCCCUGUUGCUGCCACGACAGGACCUGGAUGCUGUGAAAAUGGGAGGCCUAUGAUGACUGACCCAGUAACUGGUCAAACAGUUUGCAGUUGUCAAUACGAUAGUGCCGCGAGGUUAGCAUUAGGAGCUUAUCCAAGAUUGGCACCAACUGCUACCUCAUAUUCCUCUUACCCUACACCAACACCUUCUACUACCGAUCAGGCCCCUUACCCUAGUAUCGGUAUGGACAGUUCUGCCUUCUAUUCACCUUUGGGAAAUCCGUACGGUCUGAAGGACGCUACGGGGAUGGGGAUGACGGCGGAUAUGGGUGCUGCAUGGGGUACGGCCGCUCUUCAACCUGCUGCCACGGGUUACUACCCUUACGAUCCGACCCUGGCCGCCUACGGAUAUGGUGCGGGCUACGAUCUCGCGGCACGACGAAAGAACGCGACGAGGGAAUCGACGGCGACCUUGAAAGCCUGGCUGAACGAGCACAAAAAAAAUCCUUACCCAACUAAGGGCGAGAAAAUCAUGCUUGCCAUUAUUACUAAGAUGACAUUGACGCAAGUAUCAACGUGGUUUGCGAAUGCACGAAGACGUUUAAAGAAAGAAAAUAAAAUGACUUGGGAACCGAAAAAUAAGACCGACGACGAUGAUGACGCGGUACUUACGGAUUCGGAGGAUAACAAGGAAAAAGACGAUCUUGCGAAUGAUAAUCGUGGCGACAGAGUCGGCGAGGACGCGAGGAGAGGUCUCGACGAUAACGAGCCCAUGAGACACGUCAAGGCCGAACACAUGCAACACGAGAAAGACCUCGACGACGAGGACGAUCUCGACUUGGAGGAGGAUCCACGUGGCCGUGGUGAACUUCCCUUUCAUCAUACCAUGCAACACCAUCAUCAUCAUCACCAAGGUUAUGCGACGGACGAGCAUUUGAAAGACGAGGGUAUAAAAACGGACUGCAGCGGCGGUGGCGUACCGAUACCAGCGACGAAACCAAAAAUCUGGUCAUUGGCGGAUACGGCUGCUUGCAAGACUCCACCACCGCCGUCUCAUCCUCAUCAUCAGCAGUAUCAUCAUCUGCAUCAUCAACAACAUUACGCUCAGCAACAACAUCACCUUGGCAAUCAAGUACACCAUCAUCACUCGCAACAACCUUGGUUAGGAUCUGCUGGUGGUGGUGGCGGUGGUGGUGGUGGCGGUGGUGGUGGUAGUGGAGGUGGUGCUGGCGGUGCUGGAGGUGGUAGUUUGAGUACAUCCUUCGCGUUACCUUCGUCGGCCUCCAUGAGUCCUUCGGCGGCAGCGACCGCACCUUAUUCCAGUGCUGCCGCACGAUACGGCGGUUUCCUAUCGUCCUCAUCCGGUGGACAACUUCAUUACAAUCCAAAUUCCUCGUCUGGUUCAACAUCCUCCGCAUCCUCGUCAGCUGCGGCGGGGUUUCCAGAAGUUGGUACGGAUACCCCACCUCAGACGCCACCCAAUAUGAAAGUGGCUACUCCGAAUGGGGUGAUCCAACCACCACCAGCCGGUUAUUGCCCAACUGGCAAUACCAACCCAACGAGCAACGGUAAUCCCAAUCAUUACGCAACGAGUCAUCCCGGUGCUGGCGGUUAUCUAUCCGCUACAUCUGGAUCAGCUGGUGGGGCCUCGACCUUUGCCUCGAGACUUCAAAGUUCACCGCACAAGGACUUCUCCCCGGCGGGACAAAACUCGAUUCUUCAUCAGCACCAAACCACUGCCAGUUUACCACCGACAGAAGCUACGACUGCGUUUAAACCUUUCUACAAAGGAUCACAAUCAAUGGGUAGUGGGUUCGUAUCGCCGGUCUAAGAAACAUCCACAGAGAUCCAGGAAAAUCGUCGCUAUCUCUCAAGGCUUAGUAAAACGGGCGCCGAAAAGAGAGAAGAUGGACGGUACGAGGACGAAAAACAAAGUGGAAGUGAUCUAAGAGAUCCCUGAAUUUAUUCUCGUUAUCUUGCCACGAAUAAGAGGAAAAAGAAGGGAGAAAGAAAGGAAGAAAAGAAAGAAGAAAGGAAAGGAAAGAGGAAAGGAAGGAGAAUUGAAGGAAACGGAAUCAGAAAGCUCGAUUUUCGGAUACAUAAAUCUACCCCUUGAUCUCCGCGAGGUGCAAGGAUUGGACUAUUCAAAGGAUGGAAGAAAGAGUGAGAGAGAGAGAGAGAGAGAGAGAGAGAGAGGGUUGGUACCGGCUUAGAGAAGAUUUAGGAAUUAGAGGAAUUACUUCGAAGUGCCUGCACGUGCACGAGUAAGCGAGAAAGAAGCAAUGAAGGAUAGAUCGGAAAGAAGAAGGACGAAAGAAGGGAGGGAGGGUUGAAGAGAGGGAAGGAGGGUAAAGAAUGGUGAACGUGAUAGAGCAAGGAUAUCAAGGUCAGAGAUAAUAUGUUUGCCGUUCUUGUUAGUCGCGCAUCGAAUCAUUGAUAAAAUUCACCUAUCUACCUACCUACCUACCUACCUAUUUGUCGACAUAAUUGUAAAUAUAGGAGAAAGAGAGAGAGAGAGAGAGAGAGAGAGAGAGAAAGAAAGAGAAGGGAUUGGAAGGAAGGUAAUAUGAGGAUUAAAGAAGGGAUUUUAUUUAGUUCGCUCUAAUUUUCGUUGAAAUCGUUAUCUCUUAUUAUCGGCCAUCACGAAGGAACAAUAUUAAAUCGAAAUACGGGCAACGUGCAAGUAUAUACCUAUACAUAAAUACAUACAUACAUACAUAACAACUUCGGAUAUUAUUAUUAUUAUUAUUAUUAUUAUUAUUAUUAUUAUUAUUAUUAUUAUUAUUAUUAUCGAAAGGCGCCUAAGUCCGAACGGGCCAAAGAUCUUCGUUGAGACUCGACGAAUGUGUGUGUGUUUAUUACCAUAAGAGUGAGGAAGAAAUAGAUUGACGAAACAGAAAGAUAUAGAAUGACAGAAAGAGAAAGAGAGAGAGAGAGAGAGAGAGAGAGA